AUGUCUUACAAAGCUCUUUACCGCACUUACCGUCCGGAUGAAUUUAGUCAAGUUGUCGGUCAAAACCACAUUGUGACGACUUUAGAAAACGUGGUCCGUCAAGGCAAAGUUUCCCACGCUUACCUUUUCGCCGGGCCGCGCGGAACAGGCAAAACGUCGGUAGCACACAUUUUUGCUCGGGCAAUCAACCAAAACGCUCGUCAACUUGAUGAAGAUUUAACGCUUGACAUCAUCGAAAUUGAUGCUGCUUCAAACAACGGAGUGGCUGAGAUGCGUUCGAUUAUCGAAAAUGCUCGGUUUGCCCCUGUGCAAGGCAAGUACAAAGUCUACAUUGUCGACGAAGUGCACAUGCUCAGCAAAGGGGCUUGAAAUGCGUUGCUAAAAACUUUGGAAGAGCCACCUCGCCACAUCGUUUUUAUUUUAGCCACCACUGAACCUCACAAAAUACCGGCCACAAUUCUUUCGCGGACCCAGCGUUUUAAUUUCAAACGGAUUGAACCCGGGGUAAUCGAAAAACAGCUUUCACAAGUCUUUGAACAGGAGAAGAUAACUUGCGAACCGGAGGCGCUUAAGUUUAUUGCUAAGUUAGCCAACGGAGGUUUGCGCGAUGCCCUUUCCAUUUCCGACCAAGCCGCUGCGUUUGGAAACAAUUCGAUUACUUUUGAGGCUAUUUCGCAAGUUUUCGGAUUGGUAUCAAUCGGCAGACAGAUUGAACUGAUUAAUUCGAUUUACCAAGGGCAGAGCAAAGUUUUUCUGCUCGCUCUGAGCGGUUUCAUUGAAAACGGAGUCGAUUUAGAGCGACUGACGUUUUCUUUAAUUGAAAUUUUGCGCGAUCUAAUCGUUUACCGCAAAACUUCCGAUUUCAACUUGAUUGAGUAUUUGACGCUUGAAGAUGUGAACCAACUGGUUGUUGAUUUAAGUUUUGCUUACCAAAUGGUUGACACUUUAAUUGAAUUAGCUAGUCAAAUUAAGUUCACCCAGUUGCCCAACCAACUUUUUGAGUUAAAAAUGCUCGCCCUUCUCAAAGCGGAACCAAGCAGCGCUGCGGCGCCAGAGCCAGCAGUAGUUCGCUUAAAAAACAAACUGACCGACGAAAAAGAGUCAGCCGAGUCCGAGGACAUUACCAGCGCUCAGGAGCUUGCUGCGGAUUCAGAGCUCCACGACUUGGAUUUUGAAAAUUUUGACCAGAUCGCUCCCGAUCACCCCCAAUCAGUGGCGCCAACAGUCAGUCCCGCUAAGAAAAAGUUGGACUGGGAAGAUUCGUUGGUUAUUCCGCUCAGUCAAGACCAAAUCGGCGGUAAAAAGAUAACCAAGGCUAAAGAAGAGACUCUCCCUCAAGAUGACCUUGACAUUACCCAACUCUUUGGACUUGAUGAUCAGUCCGAGGAAACCGAAAAAACCACUCCUGACCAACCAGUCAGUUUCACUCUCAACGAACUGAUUAAUCUGCUAAUUAUCGCCAGCCGGGAUCAACUGCAACUGGUCAAGCAAAAGUGA